AUGGGUCUCAUCAAAGCUCAGGAUGGCACUUCGGAUCCCAUCAUCACCCGCAUGGUGGCGGAUGACAAGGUGCGGUGGUACAAGAAACCAAACCUGCGGGUGAUGUACUUUUAUCUGUUUUGCUGUUGCAUGGGUGUUGAGAUCACGUCUGGGUUUGACUCUCAACUCAUCGGAACGCUGCAGUUCUCGGCACCAUUCAACACAUUCUUUGGAGAUGGAUACACAAAGGAUGGCAAGCCUGGAAUCAAGCCAUCCAUCAUCGGCAUCAUGUCUUCCUGCUACCAGCUCGGGUCCAUUCUGGCCGUGCCAGUCGCCCCAUGGUUGAAUCAAAAAUAUGGAAGACGUUUCUCCAUCAUGCUUGGCUCAGUGAUCAUGGUCGUCGGAGCUCUUCUACAGGGUUUCUCUCAGCACAUUGGCAUGUACAUUGUCGCACGUAUGCUUCUCGGAUAUGGAAUCCUAUUCUGUAUCAUCUCGGGUUCCGCUCUCAUCGGAGAACUCGGUUAUCCCAAGGAACGUCCCUUCUUGACCUCGCUCUUUAACGCGUCCUACUUCAUCGGAUCCAUUAUUGCAGCAGCCAUCUCGAUCCGCACUACAAGCAUUGUCGGCAACUGGAGUUGGCGCGUUCCAUCUCUGCUGCAGAUGUGCCCCUCUUUCCUCCAGAUCGCUACUGUUUACUUCCUGCCCGAAAGUCCGCGUUGGCUCGUUUCCAAAGACCGUGACGAGGAAGCCUACGCAGUCUUGGUCAAAUACCACGCAGAAGGCGACGCCGACUCGGUCCUCGUGCAAGCAGAGAUGGCUCAAAUUAGAUCCACCAUCAGGCUCGAGAUGGAGCACUCGAAACAAUCAUGGCUAGACAUGGUUCGCACGCCCGGUAUGCGCCGCCGAGUCAUCAUCUCCAGUUUCCUCGGUCUCUUCACACAAAUGAGCGGUAACACCCUGCUCUCCUACUACCAGAGUCUUUUGUUCGGACUCAUGGGCUACACUUCCAACUACGCAAAGACACGAAUCAACAUCGCCAACCAGUGCUGGAGUCUAAUCAACGGUGUCAUCAUCGCCCUGACCGUUACACGCUUCCGCCGCAGAUGGAUGUUCAUGCUCUCCGCCGGAUCCAUGGUCAUGGUCUUCAUGGCCAUGACAAUCUGCUUCCAGAAACUGCAACACGCAAAAGCAAACAACUACACCAGCAACGCCGCGCAAAUCGCAUCCCUAGUCUUCUACUUCGCCUACUCACCCUGCUACAACAUCGGCAACAACUCGCUCACAUACACCUACCUCGUCGAACUCUUCCCCUAUGCCCAACGCACAAUGGGCAUCGGCAUCGAACAGAUUUUCGGCAAGCUUGCCGGCUUCUUCUCCGUCUACGUCAACCCCAUCGCGCUCGACGCCAUCGAGUGGAAAUACCUGGCCGUCUACUGUGGUUGGAUCACUUUUGAGUUUCUCUUCAUCUACUUCAUGUACCCCGAGACCUACAACCGCACGCUCGAAGAACUGGCUUUCUUGUUUGAGGACAAGGCGCUUGCCGACGAGGCUGUCAAGGCGGUGGAGAAGACGGUCAAUGAGGGCCAUAUGGAUGGACAUGAAAAGACGGGCACUACGAUUGCGGAGCGCCCGGCGUAG